AGUGAAGCUUUAUAACAAAUGUGCUUGGCGCGCUCAACGGUUGUAGACGUUGCAAAAUAUUUCCUUUUUUGUGCUUAUUUAAAUGAAAACUUAAUUAAAAGGUGUUAGUAAUAGUGAUAAGAGAUAAUGGAGUUUCCCCUCGGUUACAGGGAAGUCAUUCCAGACCAAACUGUACCUGAGAAGUGGAAGGAAAUCACCCUGAAUACCGGUGGAAGUCAAAGUACGUUACAGGACAUUAAAGUACCGGAAAGAGCGGGUGGUUAUUCGUACAAGGAUUGCUCGAAAUAUUUCACUCGUAAUCGUUUCAUUUAUUGGAGAAUAUGUCAUGAUAUUCUUGAAUUAGUUGAGCACAGUUUGGAUGUUAAUUUAGCGAAUUGUCGAGUGCGUUACAAGUUCACGGAUACACCAAUUUUGGAUGGUAUUUCAAUUCACGAAACAGCGAAUUCAGUUAUUAUUCUAAUUGCCACAGUGUCUAGUAUUCAUAAAUUGAGUUUCCCCCAUCCGGACAAAAUCCACAGACAGGAACCUUUGCUCGGCUCGCAUCCGGAUCUAAGUAUUCAAUCGAUUCUCAGUGAAGCAUCAGUGCAAACUGCAAGGGAUCCUCACACUUUUCACGUUAUUCCAACAGCUGGAACUACAAAUUCGCCGGUUCCACACGCGGCGGCAUCAUGGCUAACAUUACCGCAGGAGGAGGCUCUUUACGCUUUGGCGUACAGUUCGGGUACAAUACUUAUGUUACGCUUGGACACAAUGACGGGUCUUGUGCACAGUCACGAAUUAAAACAGGAUUCGAUAGUACCGCGUUUCCUGAGUGGAAUAGCGACUGCUUUUCGUGGUCGCAGUUCCGAGGGUCAAGUUCCAAUGGCACUUGAAAUCCACACAUGCGGCAAUGACACUUAUUUAUUUGCUCUGUGUCGCGAGGGAAAUGUUCGCAUGUGGUCAUCAAAUAAGGCGCAGUGCAUCGCCGUCACGGAUGUUGCCAUUGACAAUAAAGUCGCCUCACAAGGUGCGCAAGGUCACGUCCUCCGAAAGGCUGUCAGCUCCGAAAAUGAACUCUAUCUUGGAACUUAUCUCAAAUUUGGAAAUGGUUGCGAAUUCAGUAUUUUAAAACCGAUCCAGGACGCUGGGGUUUUUAAAUUUAUUCGCGUUUGUACACUCUUUGCUCCUGAUCAACACUUGGUGGACUUUUCGUUCACAACGACGAGACUGUGGGCCGUUUGGAGGACAACGGACAACGACACGGUGGCAGUGACACACGCACAAUUGCCAUUGAACGGAGCACAAAUCAGUUCCGAAUGGGAGACGGCAAUUCUGGAACAACCACCUGACAGGGAUUAUAUUGUAAGUGAUCCGGGAACGGAUCCACGGCAAGCUUAUGUUAAUUUUAUCUUCCAUCCGGGACAAUUUUCAUUGGCUGACAUAACACGAGCUCUUAGUAUUUAUCGACGUUCGAAUCUUAUUGCGGACAUAAGUUUAUCGCCGGCAGUACUCAAGGAACGUGUUUGCAUGGCAGUUGAGGCUGAUAUACAAGCAGAAGUUAUGGACUAUGAAUUAAUGGAUGAGGACUAUUUGGAAAUAGCGAAUCGUUGUUGGUCGAAAUUCUAUUCGUGCGUGGUGCAAUAUCACGUGAAUGGUUCGCGACCUGUUGGUUUAUUAUUGUUGCAAAAUGUUUACGGUGUUGCUUUAUUGAAGAAAUCGUCCUUCUCACUUUUACGACCAAUGGAGGCACUGGAGCAUUUAAUGCUCUCGAAUGAGAGGAGUUAUGUGUCGAGAUUUAAAACAACGCCCGUAUUAUCUCAGGAUGAUGGUAUUUGUCAGGAUUUGAUAAUGCUGAUGUCGUCACUUGUCAUGCUCGAGGAUCAGAUUUCCGAGGAAUUGAAAGCUAAUAUUGAACGGGAAUUGUAUAAUCUUAAGAGUCCGGAUAUUAUCGUUGAGGAUAUGCUCUCGAAACUUAUUUUAGAAACUGAUGAUCCGCUUUUGGACUACGAUUUUCAAACGGAGUUGAAUCAUAGACUGAAGAAUGUGAGAGAUGUUUCGAAAGCGAUGGCGAUGCUAUUGGAGGCGUUGACUUACGAUUUGGGACAGCCGAGUAAAUUGGAUCUUCAAGAUAAUCAGGAAGCGUCGCGAGCUUUAAUGAACGUCAGUCAUUUAUUUGGCAGUCAAUUGGGAAUUUCGACAAUUGCCGAGUCUGUGUCGCAAAUUACUCUCCUUAGAUUUUCGAUUUGUCGCGAUUUGUUGAUCCUCCAGCAGAUUAUUUUGACGAGACCGGAAUUAUUCAAUUCCUCAUCGUUACACGCAAUCAGAUCGACUUUAGCACCGAGAACUGUUGAACUUAUUCAAGCCUAUUUUGUUGUCAUUUGGAUUUGCGGCUCUAAUGCCACUUCUAAUCUUUCUCCAGCUCUACUGGAAACAAGUGUGCAGAGAUUGUCGUUAUUAAAAUUAACGGAUUCAAAAGUGAAUGUAAUACAACGACAGCAGAGAUCGCUGUCUCUAUUGGAAUUAUUCAUUCAAAGUGGAGGUGCAAAACACGCUCAAAAAUUGUUGGCAAAUACAUUACCGGAACCAUCAGCUUUAAUUUUAUGGCACUAUGGAAUGCUGACGCAUUCUACUCUCAUCGCACAACUUGUUUGGCCAAGAUCGGGAAAUUUCAUUUUUCCAAAAUGGCUCCUGUCGAGCUGUCAAUUUCUCCUUGUUCAGGAGUACGUUCGUCUCCUAAGUAAUUGGUGUGAAUGGAACAGUGCCUCGAGGAAAUUUAUUCUAGCCGUUUCACUUUUGGAAAUGGGCGAACCGCAAAAGGCGUGCGAUCAAUUUCUUCGCUCGUCAAAUGGUGUAUUAACGGAUCAGUUUAUUGCUGACAAAUUUCUGGAACCAACAUCAAUAACGGAGAAUAAUGCUCUCGUCAAUUAUUAUUUAAAAGUUAUUGAACUUUUCGAUCAGCAUAAUGCGUCGGAUUGUGUUAUUGAAUUGGCCGAGACGGCAAUUGCAAUUGCUGAUAGAAAUGAUCCAAAUUUACCGACAUUACAUUCCAUUGUUUUUGCUCAACAUCUCAAUUUGGGGCAUCACGUUGAGGCUUAUCAUUGUUUGAAUUCAAAUCCCGAUUCAGCGAGACGUGUUGAUUGUUUAAGACAACUUGUUGUCACACUUUUCGAAAGAAAGAAACUCGUUGAUCUUGUUUCGUUUCCAUAUGUCGAUAUGUAUGAAGAUUUGGAGAGAAUUGUUGAGGGCCGAGCGAGGAGUGUCGAUUUAAUGGAGAAUAAUUAUUAUAAUUUCUUGUACAGUUUCCAUGUUAAUAAGGGAAAUUUCCGGAAAGCUGGAUCGGUAAUGUAUGAGCAAGCGAUGCGUUUGGGACAGGAAUCGCAUUCGGCGCCGAUUAUUUCGAAACAGGCGCAAUGCCUCUUGGCUUGUAUAAAUUGUUUGAGUUUGGUUAAUGAAAAAUAUCGUUGGAUCGUCAGGCCUGUUGUUGAUCAAUCUUUUUAUGAAGAAAAAAAUCCAAAGACGAAACGAAGUAUCGAUGGAAAGGAAGUGCUUCAUUAUAAGGUGAAGAGACAAGUGGAAGUUGUUGAAUUGAAGGAUAUCAAGAAGGAAUAUUACAUCGUUGAGGCAAGAUUGAAACUAUCGAAACUCAAUUCCGAAUUGCUUGUUGUCGCACAAGUCGGACCUGAUGAGUUGAUAGCUAUUUUGUCGAGCGUUGGAUUGUACGUGACGGCUUUGCAUUUAUGUGAACAAUUCGGAAUUGGAAAAGGCUCCGUACUUGAAAGUUUAGCUUCACAGUGCGUGAGAUUGAGUCAACAAGAUGAUCCAAAAGCUUGGGAUUGGCUUAUUCUCAAUGAUGUCUUUGAUAUUACAUUAUCAGCAUCAAAUGUGGCGAAUAUUGCUUGGAAAUUAUUGGAGCAUUUAACAUUGACGCAUGAGAAGGAGAAUCAAAGUGAAUUACAUAAAGGAGUUGCCAAAAAACUUCUUCAUCAUGGAGCAUUUAUUCCAGCUUGGCUUAUGUCUUCCUAUAAGAAACGAAAUGCCGCUGAAUUGCUACGACUUUUAUUGAACAUGGGUCGAAUACUCGAGGCAAGUGAACUUGCGAUUGAUUUUAUAAGAGCAAUUUUGGGCAAAGGAAUGGAACACUUUGAUUUUGAAUCACCUCUCGUGGCAACAAAACCUCCCGUUUGGUUACCAUUAAAUACUGUCGAACUUUUAUUAUUGGAAUUAGAACACGCAAGUAAUGAAGAUAAAAGUUAUAUCGAGACCUACGAUGAUUUGAAGGACACUUUGGAAGAUUAUAUCGAAAUUGUAAAACGCGUGUCAGUUGAUAUGAUACAAUACAGAACACUUUCUUAACAAAAAUAUUCUUUUUUAUUUUCAGAUUUCAAUCGAUUUCCGUAAUAAACGACUGAUUUUCACUGGCACAAAAGAAAAUGAUUUAUCAAAAAAAAAGAAUGAUCUAUUUUUCCGUGAAAAUUUCUUGUAAAUAUCUCCUCUUUUUUUUACUUCUCAAUGUCUACACAAUAUUAGAUAAUUUUCUUCUUCAAUGUUCACAAUUUAUUAAUUUAUACGUUUAUAAUUUUAAAAGUCAACAAUAAUUUUUUCAAACAGUUAAAAAAAAUGUGUGCCAAUAACUUGACUAAGAUAGAAAAACAAAUUUUGCACGUUUUUUUUUUUGUUUUUAAAUAAUCUCUUUCUUUUCAAAGUGAAAUAGAAAAAUUAGUAAAUAAUAUUUUGUUAGUAUUUUUAUAAGCAAUAUAAUUGUCGAGAAUUAAUUUGAAAAUUUCGUAUUUUUAUGUUGAGUUGGGUUUUUUUUAUUUUGUUAAAUUUGACUUUCAAUUUUUUUUUUUCUGUAUGAAUUGUUGUCAUCGUUUAUGGUGAUAUUUAUACUUAGUAAAUAAGCAACGUAAUUGGCAAAAGUCAUUUUUGUAAAGGAACAAUACUUUGAUAACUGAAUAAAAGUAAAACUUUUGUAAAUUUA